ACGGACGGCACGUCCGGCGCUUCCGUUACCCAUGACACCGGAGCGAAGUUCUGACAGCUGAUUCCACAAUCAGCUUAUAUCCCCUCCGGCCCCCCAAAUAAUCACUAUUGAAGUUAGUUACAGUCGGACGUGACUCCACUAACCUCCGGCCGGGGUUGCAGGCAGCGCCUUGAACGGAGGAGGGCGGCUGGUUAUGGUGUAGCACGGAGCGCUAGCUCCGAGAAAGCAGCUGUUUGAGCGGCGGGGCGGCGGAGCACAGCGGCGCAGCUAUGCUCACGUUGGCCAGUAAGCUGAAGAGAGAUGACGGGGGAAAGACGGGCCGUGCCUCCGGAGCCUCCGACUCCACCCACAGGGUCUCCAUCAGGGACCGCCUCCUUACCAAAGAAGUUGCAGAACUUGAAGCCCAUCUCCCUAGUACAUGCAAAGCCAGUUUCCCAGACGAGGACAAGCUGCAUCAUUUUCAGCUGGCAGUGUCUCCUGAUGAGGGUUACUACCAAAGUGGAAGGUUUGAGUUUGAAAUAAACGUCCCUGAAGCCUAUAACAUGGUGCCUCCUAAAGUGAGAUGUCUGACCAGAAUAUGGCAUCCGAACAUCACAGAGACGGGAGAGAUCUGCUUGAGCUUAUUGCGGGAACACUCUAUUGAUGGCACAGGCUGGGCCCCCACUAGAACUUUAAAGGACGUUGUGUGGGGAUUGAACUCCUUGUUUACCGACCUGUUGAACUUUGAUGACCCUUUGAACAUCGAUGCAGCAGAACAUCAUCUGAAGGACAAGGAGGAUUUUCGGAAAAAGGUUCAAGAUUACAUCAAGCACUACGCCAGAUGAUAGAACCGUGGUCUUCCUAAUUCAGCCUGCACCAACCAACCAACCAACCAAACUGCUCUACCUGGCUAAUCUCGGCCGACCCACCACCCGCACAUGUGUGACUCAACAGCUGGCUCGUUCUCCCUCCCCUGCUGCCCCGCUGUCCACGAGACUGCAAUAAACUCCGCAUCACAAGGACGGAAUUAGAAAUAAAUAAAUAAAUAAAAAAUGUGUUUGAGUGAAGACUUGCAUACAAAAGCAGAUGACGCUUAAGUCAUCCUGAUAGAUUGAGCGUUACGACGACCACAAUGUCCGGUCCAUGUUGGAAGACCACCGUAUGACGGCGUCUCCGCAGAGGAGUCCCUGAGCCGCAGUCUGAGACGACAACCGGCAAGGUGACGUGGGGACGAAAGAAAUGAAAUUGCAAUCAGCUAAAGAAAAUAACUAACGAACCAAGAGGUGAAAUAUGUGUUGCUAUCAGUUCGCUGUUCCAGUGCCUGCUAUGUUUGUGUCGCUAGAGACAAAAUGCAUGUGAGUUCAGUCACAUAAACGCACAGUCACACCCUGUAGUAAAAUGUAAACACAUACAUGUACACGGGCCUCCAAGGCCAUUAGACAGCAUGCGAAUGACCACAUUGUCCAUUCUGUCAUUCUCCUCACAUGUGCGCACACACACACACGCGCAACUCACAAACACACUGUUUAGUGUGUUCACCUGCAGUUGGAUAAAGAAUGACUACAAAAACCACAGCCAAAUGUGUUGUACCGUUAGCUUCAGCUCUCUGUGCCCUUUUGUCGUCUUUCCUCCCUCGACCCCUCUUAUGUCUCACACACACAGACACACACACACAGGAUGGAGGGGUUCAUUCAUCCUAUAGUGCCAUCAGACAGAUAUAGAAUGACGCCUGUUUGUUGUGUGGUUGCAGUAGGUUUAAAGUGGAACAAUGACUAUGAGUUUAAAGUACUGAUGCAGGUCUUUUAAUUGCAUAACGGAUGAAAGCGUGGGGAUCGACUGUUCUGGAUGGUUCUGCCCGCUCUGUUCUCGCCCACAACAGGGAGCUGGUUUCACUGAACAGCAAGCAGAAGAUUUAGCAGUUAAAGAAUAUUGAUGUAAAUAUUUAAAGUCAUUGUCCUGAAAUUAGGACAGGAAUUCUGGAACAGUCUAUGGGUGAAGUUUUCCUUUAAAGCUGAAAGACGGCACUUUUACCUCACAGUUAUUGUUUCAUGUUUUUGUCAUCGUGCUGCAAUAUUGAAUAAAAUACAAUUUACUGUCCCAAGACUGUUAGGACUACGUUGUA